AUGGAUGGAGGAAGGUGGUGCAUAGCAGGCGGGCACUGGUUCUGCCACAUCCUCGCUGGACUGCAGGCAGAACACUGGCCACAUUGUCUGGUCCUGUUCCCUCCCUCCCUGGAGCCAGCCAGAAUCACCUCACCACUGCCCUGUCCACCAAGCCACAGAGAGCCUCAGUCGGACUCACUUUGCAGGGCCUAUUCACCAAGUCACAUUCACAACGGUUCACAUAGAAAUGUGUUUCAUAAACCAGACAUGACUUUCUAGCAGGUUGAAUGAAGAAUCAUGUCUGGUCUACGUAAUAUAUUUCUAACUGUAACAAUGAAUGAUGUGAACAUUUGAAUAAGCCCCUGGCGUUUGUGUAAUAGAGUCCGAUGGGUUGAUGUGAAUGACAAAGCCUUCUACAUAUGAUGUCUGUAUAUCCUGUUCAUCAUCAGUCUGUAUAUUCUGUUUAUUGUGGCAGCACCAUUUCACAAAGUCAAAUUCCUGUGUACAUGCAAAUAUUUUGGCGAAUAAAGGUGAUUCUGAUUCAUUCAAGCAAAGACAAAACCACAUAAUUAAGUCACCCAUAACAAAAGCUUUUCUCAUGAAUCUAGUCAGCUAGACACAGUUCAGGAGGCAUAGUCUGUAUCAAACCUGAACUAAAUUAAAUGGAUUAUGGUAUAUUUGACAAGAGAUACCUUAUUUGGACCAAUGGGAGAAAAGAAGUGAGAUGCAUAUGGACAAGAUAAUAUCACACAGGACCUUAGCAGGGCGGAUGGCUAUACACAAGGACUCAUGUCUUACCAUGUGCUACUGUGUUCUAUCUCCAACUGCCUCAGAGAAUGUUGCACAUUCUUUCUGCUUUUGUAGGAAGCCUAGUAAUUCAAAUGUAAAUGAGAAUGUUUGUGAGGGGUGGAUGAGUUUAGUAAAAUUCAGCAUCUUCUUAACCUGAAAAGUUGUACAAAAUAUACUUAUUAGAGCAGAAUGUGGGUUUGAAUCAUCUCUGAGUCAGUGGCCACGUUGAUGUCAUAACCUGUGAGACAUGGGACUGGGGAGGUGUCCAAAGGGUGGUGUCAUUAUAUGAAAACAUUUUUACUGAGAGCGGACAUCAAAAGCUGAUGAGUUUUGCUCACAUGGAAAAAUAGAUAUGUUUUUCAGUUCAGAUUAAAGAGAAAGAAUGUAAACUAGAACAUUAAUCGUCAGCUCAAGUAACUAAUUUCCUACCAUGUAAUCUGUUUUGAUUUCAGGAUCUAAACAGAUCCACCAAUGUAGUGUUCCAGGCCCACCAAGUGAGCCGGAGCAAGAGAGGCCAGGUGGUGGGCACCAGAGGAGGCUUCAGAGGCUGCACCGUCUGGCUCACAGGUAAACCGCUCAUCAUAGCCAAAACUCAAUGGAUUGUCACUAUUACAUGUUGCUAUUACAGUCAAGUGUUACUAGUGACUUUAGUAAUAAUUAUACUGUUGAGUAUUAGCUAAUCUCACCUGACAUUCUCCAUGUGUCCACCCCCAGGUUUGUCUGGCGCUGGGAAGACCACCAUAGCCUUUGCCCUGGAGGAGUACCUGGUGUCUUACGGCAUCCCCUGCUACUCACUGGACGGGGACAACAUCCGCCACGGCCUCAACAAGAACCUGGGCUUCACAGCCACCGACCGCGAGAAGAACAUCAGACGUAUCGCAGAGGUGGCCAAGCUGUUCGCAGACGCUGGCCUCGUCUGCAUCACCAGCUUCAUUUCUCCUUACACAAAGGUCAGGGGUCAUUCUGGGGAGUGUCUACCCAUUUCCGCUGGUAUUAGUGGUAUUGUGUUGUGUAGAGAGUGUUCUGGUGCAAAAUGGAUGCCGUAUAUCAAGUAUACUGUGUGUUACCAUUGAUAAAACAGCAUUCUGACAAUCCUGUUCCCCCUUCUCUUUUGUCUAAAGGAUUGUGAUCUUGUCAAUCCAAGAUGGCGUAGUAGUGCAGUUGUGUUUUUAUCGUCUGUAAAUACCCUAUUUUUCGUACAUAUUUCCCUAUCAGACUUUUCAUCCUUCUACAAGAUAUACUUUCCUGCAACCCGCCUCACUCAAUGUGGAACGGAUUCUAUUAUUGACUUACCUUUAUCUAGAAUCUAGAAUCUCCAGUUGAAACUAGCUAGCCAGCUAACUAGCUACUUGCUAUUUGCUAUUAGCCACAGCUAGCGGUGUUUCACCCAGAACAUUGGAUUUUUUUCUGCGGGAUUAAUUUUAAUCACUGGACAUUGAUCACCGGAUAUUCGGCCAGUCUGCACAGCGCGUUAUCGACCCAGAACAUAUCAGUUUUUUCCGCCGGAAUCACUGAAUCACUGGACCUUUAACUCCGGAUUCAUCGCUACCAGCUAGCUACCACCAGCCAGCUACAACAAAACGGACGCUGUGGUCUGGGUAAUCAUCCUGAGCUAGGCCCAUCGCCCAUCUCCCGGCUAUCUACCUCUCUGUCAACCGGACGGGACCACCUAGUGUUGACACGGAGCCCCGCCGAUCCUACACGACUGGUCUGCCGACGAAAUCGUCUGAUGUGGUUACGACGUUAACCACGAAGAUUCCAUCCAUCUGCUAGCCCUGGCCCGCUAGCACACGCUAGCCGUGGCCUCUUACUAGUGCUUCACCACCGGACCUUAUGAUAACUCAGCUAUACAGCUGAUAUCUGCUGGACUGUUCCUUUUUACGGUACUACAUCCUGUUUAUGUUUAGCCUCAGCCCAAACAUGGUUAGUUUAUUGUUGUUUCGGUUAUUUCUAAUUGUACUAUAUCACUGUAGACCCCCCAGCCUAGCUAAACCUGCCUUAGAUAGCUCCUUUGCCCCUCCCCCUAUACACGCGGAGACCGACUCAAUUGAUGCCUCCAGCGAUGCUAUCUCUUUCAUUGUUACCCAACGCUUAGGUUUACCUCCACUUUACUCAUAUCCUUCCAUAUCCUUGUCUGUACAUAAUGCCCUGAAUCUUUUCUAUAACACCCGGAAAUCUGCCCCCUUUAUUCUAUGUACCCAACGCACUAGAAGACCAGUUCUUAAAGCCUUUAGCCGUAUCCUUAUUCUAGUCCUCCUCUGUUCCUCUGGUGAUGUAGAGGCUAACCCAGGCCCUGCAGCCCUCAGUAUGACUCCUACUCCCCAGGCGCUAUCAUUUGAUGACUUCUGUAAUCGCAAAAGUCUUGGUUUCUUGCACAUAAAUAUCAGAAGUCUACUUCCCAAGUUUGAGUUAUUCACUGUGUUAGCACACUCUGCCAACCCUGAUGUUCUAGCAGUGUCUGAAUCCUGGCUCAGGAAGGCCACCAAAAAUUCUGAAAUUUCCAUCCCCAACUAUAACAUUUUCCGUCUAGAUAGAACUGCCAAAGGGGGUGGAGUUGCAAUCUACUGUACAGAUAGCCUGCAGAGCUCUAUCAUACUAUCCAGGUCUGUGCCCAAACAGUUUGAGCUUCUACUUCUAAAAAUCCACCUUUCCAGAAAUAAGUCUCUCACUGUUGCCGCUUGCUACAGACCCCCCUCAGCCCCCAGCUGUGCCCUGGACACCAUAUGUGAAUUGAUUGCCCCCCAUUUAUCCUCAGAGUUUGUACUGCUUGGUGACCUAAAUUGGGAUAUGCUUAAUACCCCAGCCAUCCUACAAUCCAAGCUAGAUGCCCUCAACCUCACGCAAAUUAUCAACGAACCUACCAGGUACAACCCUAAAUCCGUAAACAUGGGUACCCUCAUAGAUAUCAUCCUGACUAACAUACCCUCUAAAUACACCUCAGCUGUCUUCAACCAGGAUCUCAGCGAUCACUGCCUUAUUGCCUGCGUCCGUAACGGGUCCGCGGUCAAACGACCACCCCUCAUCACUGUCAAACGCUCCCUAAAACACUUUAGCGAGGAGGCCUCCCUAAUUGACCUGGCCCAGGUAUCCUGGAUGGAUAUAGAUCUCAUUCCGUCAGUAGAAGAUGCCUGGUUGUUCCUUAAAAGUAAUUUCCUCUCGAUCUUAAAUAAACAUGCCCCAUUCAAAAAAUACAGAACUAAGAACCGAUAUAGCCCCUGGUUCUCCUCAGACUUGACUGCCCUUGACCAGCACAAAAACAUCCUGUGGCGUACAGCAUUAGCAUCAAAUAGCCCCCGCGAUAUGCAACUUUUCAGGGAAGUUAGGAACCAAUAUACACAAGCAGUCAGGAAAGCAAAGGCUAACUUUUUCAAACAGAAAUUUGCAUCCUGUAGCACUAACUCCAAAAAGUUUUGGGACACUGUAAAGUCCAUGGAGAAUAAGAGCACUUCCUCCCAGCUGCCCACUGCACUGAGGCUAGGAAACACUAUCACCACCGAUAAAUCUACAAUAAUCGAGAAUUUCAACAAGCAUUUUGCUACAGCUGGCCAUGCUUUCCAUCUGGCUACCACUAACCCGGCCACCAACUCUGCACCCUCUGCUGCAACUUGCCCAUGCCCCCCCCCGCUUCUCCUUCACACAAAUUCAGACAGCUGAUGUUUUGAAAGCGCUGCAAAAUCUGGACCCCUACAAAUCAGCUGGGCUAGACAAUCUGGACCCUUUCUUUCUAAAACUAGCCGCCCGAAAUUGUCGCUACCCCUAUUACUAGUCUGUUCAACCUCUCUUUCAUAACGUCUGAGAUCCCCAGAGAUUGGAAAGCUGCCGCGGUCAUCCCCCUCUUCAAAGGGGGUGACACUCUAGAUCCAAAUUGCUACAGACCUAUAUCCAUCCUGCCCUGCCUUUCGAAAGUAUUCGAAAGCCAAGGUUAACAAACAGAUCAUCGACCAUUUCGAAUACCACCGUACCUUCUCCGCUAUGCAAUCCGGUUUCCGAGCUGGUCACGGGUGCACUUCAGCCACGCUCAAGGUCCUAAACGAUAUUAUAACCGCGAUUGAUAAUAGACAGUACUGUGCAGCCGUCUUCAUCGACCUGGCCAAGGCUUUCGACUCUGUCAACCACCGCAUUCUUAUUGGCAGACUAAAUAGCCUUGGUUUCUCAAAUGACUGCCUCACCUGGUUCACCAACUACUUCUCAGAUAGAGUUCAGUGUGUCAAAUCGGAGGGCCUGUUGUCUGGACCUAUGGCAGUCUCUAUGGGGGUGCCACAGGGUUCAAUUCUUGGGCCGACACUUUUCUCCGUGUAUAUCAAUGAUGUCGCUCUUGCUGCUGGUGACUCUCAGAUCCACCUCUACGCAGACGACACCAUUUUGUAUACAUCUGGCCCUUCAUUGGACACUGUGUUAACAAACCUCCAAACGAGCUUCAAUGCCAUACAACAAUCCUUCAGUAGCCUCCAACUGCUCUUAAACACUAGUAAAACUAAAUGCAUGCUUUUCAAUCUAACGCUGCUGGCACCCGCCCACCCGACUAGAAUCACCACUCUCGACGGGUCUGACCUAGAGUAUGUGGACAACUACAAAUACCUAGGUGUCUGGUUAGACUGUAAACUCAACUUCCAGACUCACAUAAAGAAUAUCCAAUCCAAAGUUAAAUCUAGAAUCGGCUUCCUAUUUCGCAACAAAGCCUCCUUCACUCAUGCUGCCAAACAUGCCCUCGUAAAACUGACUAUCCUACCGAUCCUUGACUUCGGCGAUGUCAUUUACAAAAUAGCCUCCAACACUCUACUCAGCAAAUUGGAUGUAGUCUAUCACAGUGCCAUCCGUUUUGUCUCCAAAGCCCCAUACACUACCCACCACUGUGACCUGUACGCUCUUGUUGGCUGGUCCUCACUACAUGUUCGUCGUCAAAACCCACUGGCUCCAGGCCAUCUAUAAAUCACUGCUAGGCAAAUCCCCGCCUUAUCUUAGCUCAUUGGUCACCAUAGCAGCACCCACCCGUAGUCUGCGCUCCAGCAGGUAUAUCUCACUGGUCAUUUCCAAAGCCAACACCUCCUUUGGCCGCCAUUCCUUCCAGUUCUCUGCUGCCAAUGACUGGAACGAAUUGCAAAAAUCUCUGAAGCUGGAGACUCUUAUCUCCCUCAAUAACUUUAAGCAUCAGUUGUCAGAGCACCUUACCGAUCACUGCACCUGUACACAGCCCAUCUGAAAUUAGCCCACCCAACUACCUCAUCCCUAUAUUGUUAUUUAUUUUGCUCUUUUGCACCCCAGUAUCUCUAUUUGCACAUAAUCUCUUGCACAUCUAGCAUUCCAGUGUUAAUACUAUUGUAAUUAUUCUGCACUAUAGCCUAUUUAUUGCCUUACCUCCAUAACUUGCUACAUUUGCACACACACUAUAUAUAUUUUCUGUUGUAUUUCUGACUUUAUGUUUUUUACCCCAUAUGUAACUCUGUGUUGUUUUUUAUUGCACUACUUUGCUUGAUCUUGGCCAGGUCGCAGUUGUAAAUGAGAACCUGUUCUCAACUGGCUUACCUGGUUAAAUAAAGGUGAAAUAAAAAUUAAAAAAAAUCCUUGAGAGGGCUGGUUUACCCUUCUUUGAGGUGUUCAUCAACGCUCCUCUGGAUGUGUGUGAGAGUCGCGAUGUGAAGGGCCUCUACAAGAAAGCCUGUGCUGGAGAGAUCAAUGGUACAAACAACUUUUGGUCCAUUGUUUACAUUUUGGUAUCCAGACAUCGAAAUGUAACUUCUUAUUGUAAGGUUCCUUUCUAUCUGAAAGAGUCAAUCUUACAUCCUUUUUGGAAAGGAAUUCUAAUGGAUAAACCUGUGUUCUCAGGCUUCACUGGGAUCGACGCAGAGUACCAGUGGCCCGACGUUCCAGAGUUGGUACUGAAAAACAGGAGAGAUCACAGUAAACGAGUGCAUCCGGCAGGUGGUGGACCUGCUUAAAGAGCAGGUGAACAUGACAGACUGCUUACCUAUUAUCCCAGCUCAUCUAGCGCUAAACUACAAAAAGUAAAGAGUGGGAAAUGGAAUUGACCACAAACCUAGCUUAUAAAAUAUCAAGACAAAACAAAACAAAACAGAACUUAUCAAAAGAUGCUGAACAAAACUACCAAAGUUAUAACUGCAAGUGCAUACGCUCUUAGAAAAGAAGGUUCCAAUAGGGUUCUUCAGCUGUCCUCAUAGAACGUGUUUUGGUUCAAGGUAGAACCCAAAAGGGUUCUACCUGGAACCAAAAAGGGUUCUUCAGUGGGUUAUCCUAUGUGGACAGCCAAAGAACCCUUUUAGGUUCUAGAUAGCACCUUUUUUUCUAAGAGAGUACAAACCACUUGGGAUCUAUGUUAUCCUCACUUGACAUUGUCCUCUCUCUCUGUAACUGUUCAGAGUAUUGUUCCAAGUGGAAUCACGGAGGAGGUGAAUGAACUCUUUGUUCCGGAGAACAAGCUGAAGCUGGCUCAGGCUGACUCUAGCACACUUUCCACCAUCAGAAUCACCAAGGUAACACACCUCUCCACUACCAAUCGGCCCAAAUGGCCAUGGCUCAAUAUUUGACUGGAUGGCAGACUGUGCUCAUGAUUGCCUCUUAAUCUCUCUCUUCUGGAUUGUACUAUAUGUUCUAAUAGACUGGGCUGAUUGCCCUAGGUUUGAAAAUCAAGUCAUGUCAAACAUAGUAGGAGCUACAGUAUAUCACAUUAAAUUAGUUAGAUGAAAAGUCUUACGCUGCACUAUCUCGGUUUCCAUCACAAACUGUUUCUCAUUCAGCAUGGUUUCCUGUGGACUCUGUCACCCCUGAUAGCUGUCAAUAUUUCUUACAUACAGUAUCAGCUGUUAAGGGAUAUUUUUAACGGUCAGGUAAAUUGAAUCCUAACCUGUUUGAUGUAUAUUCUCACCUGUCUGUCCUGUUCAGUUGGACCUCCAGUGGAUGCAGGUGCUGGCCGAGGGCUGGGCCACACCACUGAUGGGCUUCAUGAGGGAGAGGGAGUUCCUCCAGGUGCAGCAUUUCGGCAACCUCCUUGAUAGCAAGAACCACACACACACCCUUAUAAUACAUCAUAACAUUACUCAGUCAAUUCUUACUCUCCCCUCUAUUCAUAAUGGAGCAAAUGACAGUAGAUGGAUAUGAUAUAUGGUUGUCUCUAAUUGUUUUCCUGACCAUGUGACUAUAGCCAAUAACCAGGGCCCUGAGUUUUUGCUUGGUAAGUUCACAUGGUCAGCACAAACUCAUGGCCCUAGUCAUCACACACGUAUCUUUCCCUGGUUCAGAUGGCACCAUCAACCAGUCCAUUCCAAUCGUCCUGCCUGUUACCACGGAGACCAAGCAGCGACUGGACGGUUGUGUGGCAGUAGCUCUGGAGUUCCAGGGAACCCGCGUGGCCAUUCUGAGACAGCCAGAGUUCUAUGAACAUCGCAAGGAGGAGCGCUGUGCCCGUCAGUGGGGCACCACCUGCCCCCAGCACCCCUACAUUAAGGUUGUCACCAACCACACACUUCCAUGCAUUGUUUUUUAGCAAACAUAGAUGUCCUUUGAUGUGAUAAAGCUACACUCUGUGCACAUUCUUGUGCAUACGAAUUCCAAGCUAUAAUGGAGUUGAAUGAAGUUGCACUUGAACUUUAACUUGAACUUGAAUGUGCAUGUGACAUGCUAUCCAUAUCCAUCGUGAAAUAUAUUGAUAUUAUCAGUGUUUUGCAUUAGCGCUGGCUGUUGGCUAAUCAGCCGGUUACAGACUCAUUUUCAGCUGGCAACUUUUUCCACUUCAUAUUAAAACUAGGCUACUUUUCAUUUCUACGUUUCAAUUCACUAGUCCGUCGAGCCAUCUCCCGCUAGAAUGAAUGAUUUUCAUCUUCUAGCGAUCUAUUGAUAGGAUAGGUGCCUGUCAGUCACAAAGCGAGUGAUGACAGGGAAACACAGUCUGCUUUCUGUCUCACCUCCCGGUACACUUUGUGUGCUGUGGUUGAUUGCAGUCGAAUUUCUUUACACAGAGGGAGAGAGCAUGAUGCUUGUGAAUUUGCACGUCCCAUGUAAUGUAGGUGGUAACGAUGAGUCGAAAUCCACGACUUAGACUAAUUAUUGUUUUCUGGCACAUUAUUUUAUUUUAUUUUGCAUGUUUCACAUAGCCAGCCACACAGAGUCGUGGCGCAUAGUAGGCUAUUUACUGUGCUGUGAUUGACAACUGAAGAGCAAGUGUGACUAGUUUAUAAAAGGAGUCAAACUGAUCUCCUAUAUCCCUUUGCCGUUCAUAAAUCAUGCAACGUGGUAUAUGUCCAUGGUAUCGCAUCAGGACAAUUAAACCAAAGGAUUUCCUAGGUUCCUUUCCUAGGAUGUAGGGGCUUGCCAGACAAUGACGCUAAAGUGAGUGACUCUCGUCUCGUCAGUCAGUGUAGCCUACCGAUCCGCAUUGGUGAGAGAGCUGUUCGUUUGGCUCUCUAAUUUUGGUAGGCUUUUUGGCGAUUAUCUGCAGAUAAAUUAUUAAAAAACAUUCUAUGAAGAUGGUGAAUCAUCACUGCAGGAAUAGGUAGUGGAGAGCCUCAUUCUAGUCCAAAUAUGAUAAUUAGGGCCCUCACGGAAUCGAGGCAUUAAAAUGGAAUUCAACAAUAUUAAGAACUUUAUUGACCUUAGUAGGAAUCCAUUCAAUGUAUUGAAAAUUAAUUAAUUUGCCGAAGUUUAUUAUAAGACAUGAACAGAAUGCAUAAGUGAUUUGUGUUUCUUGCAACUUUGAAGAAGAGGCAAAGAUAAUGCCCCUGUCUGUGUGUGUGCGGUGCGUGUGUCUACCACUUUUUGUGUAGCCGUUAGCGAUGAUGCUAAUGAAAACAGUUUUCUGGUAGAUGGAAGGCUUCUCAAUUGUUAACUACAAAUUAGCUUUUAUUACCUGGCAGAAUGAUAUCAUGACUUUUUUCAUAAAUCCAGUGGGUAUUUGUUUUGCAAAACUCUACAUCACAUGUGCGCUACAAAAACACAGCUAAACACUGCCUCUUAGUAGGUGCUCCGUUGAAUUAAAGUUAAUGAAAGUGGUCUAUUGAUGUGGUUUAAGCAUUGUAGUGAACAUCCAAUGUUGUUGUUUUUCUACUCAAAAGGUGUGAUUUUGAGAACGAAAACCUGAAAAACAAUUGGAAAAAACAGAAACCUGAAAAAAACAAAACCUUUAAUUUAUUUUUAAAGAUAAUGUAGGCUAUUUACUUAAUUGUUCUGUUUUAAUAAAAUGCCUAAUUUGAAGAACAAACAUCAAAUAGGACUUUAAUCUAAAGAGAAGACAGGUGAAAUGUAAUACAAAUCUUUCAUAUUCUCUUACAUAGAAAAUAGACCGGAAUUUUUCAGUAAUUUAAAUUGUAAAGUUAUAUCUUUCUACACAAUACCACGACAAAUGUUUCCAAUCUGGGAGAUAAACUCGAUAAAGUAAACAAUAAUUUCACUGUGUAUUUCAUAUGGAAUCAAGGCAUUAGAAUGUACCAGAAGCCACCAAAAUAGCACUCCUUCUGCAAAAAAAAAUUGAACCCAGGGGGGCAAGAUCCCCCAGGGGCCUGGCUGGCUACUUUUUCUAUUUAGCUGGCUACUCAAUGUAGUUGUGGAAAACACUGUAUUAUGUCAUUCAUAUCUCUACAACAUCCACCACCUUUUACAGAUGGUGAUGGAGGGUGGUGAUUGGCUGGUGGGUGGUGACCUGGAGGUGCUGGAGCGAAUCAGAUGGAACGAUGGGCUGGACUAGUACCGCUUUACUCCACGGGAGCUCAAGCAGAAGUUUAAAUAAAUGAAAGCAGGUUAGAAGAGUUCCUCUAAAAAACAGGACAAGGAUACAAAAUCUACAUUUGAUUAAAUAUUAUGUCUAAAUAAAUGAAGGUUUAUGUCUAGCUACAGAAACUUUUAUAAUUUGUUCAGAAGCACUUGACAAAGACCAGAUGCAAAAAGUAGCAUGAUAAAUUACAUGCCACAGGCACCUUAAUUGGGGAGGACGGGCUUGUGGUAAUAGCUGGAGUGGAAUAGUGUCAAAUACAUCAAAGACAUGGUCUCCAUUCCAUUUGCUUCGUUCCGGACAUUAUUAUGAGCCAUCCUCCUCUCAGCACCUCCACUGUUACAUGCGCAUGGUUUAAUUUAUUGUUUGCACUAGAUGGAGACAUAAUCCUCUAUGUGAGACGUUAAAGACUGUAUAGUCAUGAGUGAACUGUUGUGCGCACAUUUCCACCCUAUGAUAUCUGCACUCACACUGUGUUGACUAUUUUUGACCUGCGUUCAUUCAUUUAUCCACAAGUUAUGUGCAUACAAGUUAUGUGCAUACCAAAAUGCAUACAAAGCUCCAGCAUGACUUCACUUGUACAUUUACACAAUGAGACCACAGUAUGCAAAUGAUGAACAGAAUGCAAAUUAUGUUUGAUUUGUCCUCUUUUUAUCAACCACUUACCAACAAUUAGUAUGAAAGUCCUCACUGAAGUUAUGCCACGUUCAAAACAACUGGGAACUCUGAAUUCUCCGACUUCCGACUUCAGUGUGUUCAAGACAACUAGGAGCUCGGGGGGGGGGGGGGGAAACAAGCUCCGACUGGGAAAAUCAAGUCGGAAACUCUGGCAUCUUUCUCCAACUUCCCGACCUGAAAAUCACUGAUGUCAUGAUUUGACCUAAUUUUUCAUUUGUGUUCCCAGUUGUCUUGAAAGCACCAAUAAUUCCUUAUCUUUCUCCUAUUCUCCAUGACCAUCAGAUGCCAUCUUCGCCUUCCAACUGCGGAACCCGGUCCACAACGGCCACGCCCUGUUGAUGCAGGACACCAAGCAACGUCUCUUGGAGAAGGGGUUACAAGCGACCUGUCCUCUUGCUGCACCCGCUCGGGGGCUGGACCAAAGACGACGACGUGCCUCUGGACUGGCGCAUAAAACAGCACGCUGCAGUACUGGAGGAGGGGGUACUGGACCCCACCAGCACCAUAGUGGCUAUUUUCCCCUCCCCCAUGAUGUAUGCUGGACCCACUGAAGUACGAGUCAACACAGCCAUCAACACAUUCAUAGGUUUUGUGUGUUGUAUGUUUAGCCAGGGAUAUUAUUCAGUAUUUAGUCAGUUACAGUAAGUAAACCCCCCUUUGGCUAGGCAGGUGAUGUCCCUGUAGGGCUGGAAAAUCCUACAGUGUUAGCCCAGCACUAAGGUUAACAAGUUUAAGACCAUAAUGUGUGUGCUUACUGUAUGUGUGAGCAUACAUUUGUUUUUCUGUCAGGUCCAGUGGCACUGCAGGGCCAGGAUGAUCGCCGGAGCUAACUUCUACAUUGUGGGUCGUGACCCAGGGGGCAUGCCCCACCCAGAGACCAAGCAGGACAUUUAUGAGCCCAGCCAUGGGGGUAAGGUCCUCACCAUGGCCCCCGGCCUGACCUCUGUAGAGAUCAUCCCCUUCAGAGUGGCCGCCUACAACAAGACCAAGAGGGUCAUGGAUUUAUACGACGAGGACCGGUGAGCAGAUGUUAAACAUUGAUUAUGGCUUUUGUAAUGCAUAUUUACAGAUUAUUUUAUACAGAGCCUGUGGUGGGAAAUGUGUGUCAAAGAAUCUUCAAAAGCGGGCACCCCUGAUCAUUUUCCUUCUGUCUCUCUCUUUAUUUCUCAUCUCCAUCCAUCUCUCUUUCCCUCCUCUGCCUUUCCCAGACACGCUGAGUUUGAGUUCAUCUCAGAUACCAGGAUGAGAAAGCUGGCACGGAGUGGGGAGAACCCCCCAGAUGGCUUCAUGGCCACAAAGGCCUGGAAGGUCCUGAUGGAGUACUACAGCUCUCUACAGAGGGACCAGUAACCCAAAAUACCAGAGCUCUUAGAAGGGCCACAAUUUUAGUCCCUGAGGAAUGUUCUAGUUUGAUGUUAUCUGCAAGUCAUACACUUAGUGUACAAAACAUUAGGAACACCUUCCUAAUAUUGAGUUGCACACUCUUUUGCCCUCAGAACAGCCUCAAUUCGUCGGGGCAUGGACUCUACAAGGUGUCGAAAGCGUUCCACAGGGAUGCUGGCCCAUGUUGACUCCAAUGCUUCCCACUGUUGUGUCAAGUUGGCUGGAUAUCCUUUGGGUGGUUAACCAUUCUUCAUACACAAAGGAAACUGUUGAGUGUGAAAAACCCAGCAGCGUUGCAGUUCUUAACACAUUUAAACUGGUGUGCCUGGCACCUACUACCAUACCCAGUUCAAAGGCACUUAAAUAUUUAGUCUUGCCCAUUCACCCUCUGAAUGGCACACAUACACAAUCCAUGGCUUAAAAAUCCUUCUUUAACCUGUCUCCUCCCCUUCAUCUACACUGAUUUAAGUGGAUUUAACAAGUGACAUCAAUAAGGGAUCAUAGGUUUCACCCGGAUUCACCUGGUCAGACUAUGUCAUUAAAAGAGCAGGUGAUCUUGAUGUUUUGUACACUCAGUGUAGGUUUCAUUUCAUUAUCAUGGUAGAUGAUUCAGUGAGUAAGUAGUCCAAUAAUGACUGAAAUCACACCAAGCAGUCCUGGAGGAUUGGAGCUGUGUGCCCAUCUUCAUUGAAGGAAAACCAUGUGAUGUUGUAGGAGCCAGUGGUUGGGUUUAAGCAGUGAAAUCAUUCCUAUGUGUGUCUAUCUGUAAAUCCAUAUAUAUACAGUGAGGGAAAAAAGUAUUUGAUCCCCUGCUGAUUUUGUACGUUUGCCCACUGACAAAGACAUGAUCAGUCUAUAAUUUUAAUGG